CAACAUACUGAGAUCAUGCUAAGCUCUUGCAAUGAGGAAGCAAGACAUCAGAUCACCUCGAUCAAAAUGGCGACGAAUUCAGAUGUAUUUUUCGCGCGAACGAAAUCCGACAGUAAAAGACGAUUUGUUGUAGUCAUCCCAGUGGUCUUUUUGUUCCUGCUGUUCGCGUGCCUAUGGUCUUUGCACGAUCUGGGAGCCAAGCGUAACGAAACGCAGCGACGGAACGUUUUAAUUUACGCACCAGCACGCUCGGGAUCCUCUUUCCUCGGUCAAGUGUUCAACCAGCAUCAAGACGCGUUUUACAUUUACGAACCGUUGUACAUGUACACGAUACUCGACAAACUUCGAGUUAAGACACCUUCACAGCUAAAACACGACUCAUUGACUCUACUACGGGACUGCUUUCGAUGUAACUUUACCAACCAUGAGUUGUACUUAUAUUUUAUCUCCCAUCCAGGGUUUGCCUCGACACUUUUUAGGGAUUCGAGCAAAGCUAUGUCCUCACCACCUUUAUGCCAACCGCGUGAAGACAAGUCGAAGAUUUCAAGUCGACACAUUGAAGAACAGGGCGCUUGUACGAACCGUUUGGAACCAAUGAAGACAAGCGCUGUGUGUCGACGUCAUAAACAAGUUGCGGUUAAAAUAUUAUCAGACCGAAUGAUGUUGGAAGAGAUUUUCAAGCAAUUCAGCAAUUCAGGAAAUUUCAAAAUCAUACACUUGAUACGCGAUCCUCGCGCUAUCGUGGCCUCGCGUCAACGUCUUGGUUGGAUUUCCAAGUCCUCCGAUACUUUGGCAAAGAUCCGAGAGUUUUGCAAUCGUAUGAACGACAAUUUCAAGUUUGCUACAAACACGUCUUCGGAAUUUUCUAAAAAUUACAUGUUGUUGCGUUACGAGGAUCUGGUUGCGAACAUCUUCUCGGCUGUGAGGAAAGUUUUCAAAGCAACAGGUUUGAACAUGACAGAGCACGUCAAAUCGUGGCUUCUAGAGAACACGAGAUGGUCAGGAACCGUUGAUAACUCGGAACCGUUCAGAACAACAAGAAGAGACGCGUUAAAACAAGCUAAUCUUUGGAGAAGUACGAUUGCAAUGAACACAGUUCGUGCGGUUGAAGAUAACUGUAAACUUGUUAUGAAGAAAGCUGGUUAUAAGACAAUUAAAAACCAGAAAUAUUUAAGGAAUACGACUUUAUCCCUACUAGCAAGACCGACAAAAACUUUAAAGCAAUUUUUAGUUGUUAAAUACUAGUUUAUCGUAGGU